GAUGUCUUUGAAGGAACAUGGAUUAAUGGAAAAUUAAUAGAAGUUUAUGGGAAAAUUUUGGUGUAAUUUAUCAACUCAGUAAGAGCAGAAGUUUCAAUGUUUCAGAAACUAAAGCAUGCUAUUGAUUAAUAAGAAACACUCUGCAGUUUCAUAUAGUCUAUGGAUAUCUCAGUUCCAAUGGACUUUUUCUCCAUCUUUUUCAUAUUCAUUUGGAAGAAAUUAUUUGUAUAAUUUUUUUUCAUCUAUCCAUUUUCAAAUACUGAAUCACUUAAGAGUUUGUCAGUUGUAAUUAUAGAGAUUUUUAAUUGAAUUUUAUGCAGAUUAAAGCUUGAUUUGCUUCAAAUGUCAAGCAUUCUGAAAAUCUUGUAAGAAGACUUAAAGACUGCUUUUCUUUUAAAAGAUUUUCGGUUAAUUUUAUGAGGGGUUUGUCUGGAAUUUUCAUUUUGUGUGUCAUGUAAUUUGCAGUGUAUAGAGUCAGAAUUUCAUCAUGAUUCAGACUUAAGGGUGCAGUAGUGUUCUGCACUUCAAUCACGAGGAGGGUCGUUACCUAUUAUUGAAUUGUAACUGAUUAAUGUACCUUAUACCUGUUCUUAGAUGAGAAUGGAAUAAUGUGCACUAGAACUAUUGACUAAGUUUAUUGGAAAUAAGAUUUAAACAAAGGAAUGAUAAGAUUAUUCAUUAAUAUUUAAAAGAUAAAAAAACAACAAAAAAAACAAGUGUUUUUAUUGGAAUCAAAGUUUACUAUUUAUUUUCCUAGAUGAAGUAAGAAGUAUUUUAGUUUACAAGGAUUUAAGUUUUAAUUAAAAUUAAUGUUUUAUUGGACUUUUUGUGAGAGAAAAUAACAAUUUAAUUAAUUGGAGAUUUCUCUUUAGACUGUCAGUAGAUUGAAGUAAGAAAUUCAGCAGGAUUUAUAAUAAUUGAAAGAGUGGAUUUUUAUAUGGAUAUAUAAUUGUAUUAAACAGUUACACAUUGUGAAAAAUGGAUGAAUUUGACAUAGAUGCUGAGUAUGAAAAGUACUUGGCUUCAGAGCCUGGUGCUGGAUUCGACUCCAAAGGUCUUGGCCUGCGGGCACAGAAGAAGUUACUCGGAAAAAUGUCGAGCAAGAAAAUUGCGAAGGUGUUUAUUGAUGAUACUACGGCGAGAGUGCUGGAUAAUGCGUACCGAAUCUUAAAAGAUUACAUGCCGGCUAAAAAGGAUGCUGAUAAAAUCCUCAAGUAUGUGAUCAAAACAGUCGUCAAAAUAGGUAUUUUGUACCGCAACGAUCAAUUUAAUGCAGAUGAGUUAAAAAUUGCGGAGUCUUUCAAACAAAAGUUUCAUUCAGUGGCAAUGACAGUGGUGAGUUUUUACACAGUUGACUUCACAUAUGAUAAGAACUUUUUGGCCCAUUCUGUAGAAGAAUGCCGUGAACUAUUGCAACAGUUAGUAAAACGCCAUCUUCAGGACAAAUCAAAAUCACGAAUUGAUAUUAUAUUUGAGACAUUUAAUGAUCCAACUUUAAUGGAUAUCAUCUUCACAGUAGAUGGGAAAUAUAAGGACAACAUGGACAAAAUAACAACAGACAUGAGCACACUUAUGGACGAGGGCAACCUGUGAACAGCAACGGAAUUCUGAAUACAAAAACAACAAUACCAGUGAAACGGAUUUUGUUAAUGAUUAAGAAUAUUGUUAAAUAGACAUAAAAUUGGUUUUGUAUCAAAGUAGAAGCUAAAUUGGUGAAUUACUAACUUAUAGGGAUUUUUCCCAAAGUGUUAACAAAAAGAGAAUUGUUAAAUAUUUGAAAAAUAUUUUUCGUUCAAGUGAAAUAAAAUGCUAAGUAAGCUGUAAUGAAUAAGUCUGCUUAAUAACUGAAUUUUUGUGUUAGAAAUGAAAUUAUGGUAUCAGAUCAGACAGUUUUUUCAUUGGUAGCAUAGAAGAGGAAAAUAUCUUUGAGGACAAGACGUAAAAUGAAUUUGCUCAAAAUAAAAAAAACCUACAUGGCCUUUAUAGAAAUUGGAUACCUAAGCUGGUUUAGGGCUUAUCAUAUUUUGGCUGUGACGUCAACAUCAUUAUGUCAUACUGUUGUAGUUUUUUCAACCUAGUAUUUUUAUACUUUUAAAAGAUGAUGAACUAUUUUGAAGAAUAAAAUGUUUUAGUGUUUGUACAGGCCAAGAAUUAAGAAUAAACUAGUAAAGAUGCAUUAAUUGACAAGUUGUAAGUUCUUUGGAUGAGACUGAUUUUAACGCAUAGCUAAAGAAGCAGGGACACUAAUUUUACAUGAAAUCAAGAACAUUUUUGUACAUUCUGUGCUUGACUUUUUUUAUUCACUUUCAUUUCUGUUUUGAUAUAUUUAAAAAUGAAAAUGUGCUGCAAUUAUCACUUGCAUUUAAAUUACAAGUAAUUGUGUCUGGUAAUCAAGAGUAAAUAACACAACUGGGACAGUUUGAUCAUAUAAUAGUCUGAUUCCACAGCAUAUAUUUGAAAGUUAUCCAAUAAUUAACAGGUAACCUUGAGACUUUGAUUGUUCGUUUAUGUGCAUAAUUAAACAAACAACAAUAGAUCUGAAAUAUCCUGCAGGUGUUUCUAUAACACAAUGCAUCUGUUUAUUAAAAUGUAAACAUUGUUUUUUUAUGUUUAUAUCCUUUGUACAGAUCCUAUAAUUCUAGGUAAUUGGAUUCAUCUAGAGCUUAAAGAUCCAAACUGAAAUUGAAGUCGUCUAUUUUUUAAUUUUCCUGUUUAAAGUUAGACUGAUAUAGAAAUCAGUCAUAGUUCAUUGCAUAUGUUUAUAUGUUACUCACAUAGAACUUUCAAAUCAAAAUGGCAGGAUGUACGGAAGAACUGUUUAUUAAUCUGCUCUUAGAUCUUUUAUAUUUAUAUUGUAAACAAUGUGAUCUGGUACAGUCUUCCUGUAAUUUAUUCUUUAAUUAGAUUAUCUAAACAUAAUUAUACAUGGAAUUAUUGAAUGACUUGCAACUGGUGAAAUGUUUUUAUUAAAAUAUAUAAACAUAGUUACUUAUUUCAAGAUGAAAAGUAAAUCAUCAUUUUAUUCCUGUUUGUUUGAUUAACUGGUUCGUAAAUCUUUUCGGAAGACCGCUUGAUUGAAAAAUGGAAUACCAGUAUGUGGAUUGACCAUACAUAAAAGUGGAAGAAACUGCCUUUACAUUAUUUGUGAACUAUGCAUACAUUCCUAGCAAUAUAUAUAAAGACUAUGUAUUUUAAUGUGUUUAUUACAUUAAUAUCUUUAUAAAACCAUGUAUAUAUUUAUCAAUGAAUAUACAAAAUGUACAAGUAAAUUUACAUGAUAUGUGAAGUGUAUUAGACACUUCAUUUGUACAAAUAUUAAAGAAACUCCACUGAGGUCCAAAAGCCUAAAAAACAAAAAAAUUUGAAUUUCUUACAUAGCUCAGCUGGGCG